CCCGCCCAGCACGGGCAGAUCGCGGCCCAGGGCCGCGGGGACGGGGCCGAGCCAGCCCGGCUCUGCGUCCUCACCCGGCGGAGCCUCCGGCCGAGAGGGGAAGGAUGAGCGCCCAAACUUGCUCCAGGUGACGGAUCCGAGGGCACCUGAGCGUCCUCGCGCGGACCUGAGGCAUGGCUUUGCUUAUCGCUUGGCUAUGCGUCGCUGUGAGCAUCGAGAAGGCGCUGGGGGGCCAGGGCGACGGGGGGGACCUCUACUCGGAAAACAUCACUCGCAUCCUCGACAAGCUGUUGGACGGCUACGACAACAGGCUCCGGCCGGGAUUUGGAGGCGCUGUUACAGAAGUCAAAACGGACAUCUACGUGACCAGCUUCGGGCCGGUGUCCGACGUGGAGAUGGAAUACACAAUGGAUGUCUUCUUCCGGCAGACGUGGACUGAUGAGAGAUUGAAGUUUGGUGGGCCAACUGAAAUUUUGAGAUUGAACAAUUUAAUGGUCAGUAAAAUAUGGACACCAGACACGUUUUUUAGAAAUGGAAAAAAAUCAAUUGCUCAUAAUAUGACAACUCCUAACAAACUUUUCAGAAUUAUGCAGAAUGGAACUAUUCUUUACACAAUGAGACUAACCAUUAAUGCUGACUGUCCUAUGCGGCUGGUGAACUUCCCAAUGGAUGGACAUGCUUGCCCUUUGAAGUUUGGAAGCUAUGCUUACCCAAAAAGUGAAAUAAUUUAUACAUGGAAAAAAGGACCCCUGCAUUCCGUAGAAGUACCACAGGAGUCUUCCAGUCUCCUCCAAUAUGAUCUCAUAGGACAAACUGUAUCUAGCGAAACAAUUAAGUCUAACACAGGUGAAUAUUCACUUCAGCUGCUCUAUUUCCAUCUCCAAAGGAAAAUAGGCUACUAUCUCAUUCAGACAUACAUUCCAUGCAUCAUGACUGUAGUCCUGUCUCAAGUUGUGUUUUGGAUCAACAAAGAAUCUGUUCCAGCAAGAACCGUGGCUGGAAUUACUACAGUUCUAACAAUGACCACUUUAAGCAUCAGUGCACGCCAUUCUUUGCCCAAGGUGUCCUAUGCUACUGCUAUGGAUUGGUUCAUAGCUGUGUGCUUUGCCUUUGUCUUCUCUGCACUUAUUGAGUUUGCAGCUGUCAACUACUUUACCAAUCUUCAGACUCAGAGAGCAAUGAGGAAGGCAGCAAGGGCAGCAGCACUGGCAGCAGCACUAUCAGCAGCAACUGUACCGGCAGAGGACGAGAUUGUCUCGCAUUCUGACUCCAAUUGUAACCUGAAGAAGCGAGUAAACUCUGUAACAUCUCAGGCAGAUCAGUCUCCUGAAGCCAGCAUAGUAUCAAACAGUGCAUCCCAGUGUCAACCUGUGUGUGCUCCUCCACCAGCCCCCCCAGCACCACCACCUGUUGGAGGCACAAGUAAAAUAGACCAGUAUUCUAGGAUCCUCUUCCCAGUGGCAUUUGCAGGAUUCAACCUGGUAUACUGGGUUGUUUACCUUUCAAAAGACACUAUGGAAUUUUUUGAACCUACUGCAAUGCACCUUCGGAAUGAUCAUCAGAUCAACUAAAGAACAGCGCAGUGCUUAAAAAAAAUCACUGAAGGUCUUGUGGAGUUGAAGUGACUUCAAAGGAAACAAGUGCUCUCAAUUUUCAAACACUGAGUAUUUAUACUGGAUAUCACCUGGAAACAAACUCUGGACAAAUAAAAAAGAAACUGCACAGAGUUCUAACAACAUUUUGAUUUCUUAUGGUGAUUCUACUAUGAAAAUUCUUGUUAAAUUAUUUUGUUCCGUGGUCAAAGAAAAGAUCUGUAUCUGUUGUAGUUCUGUUACAAAUAAUAGAAUGUUUACAUUGAUACAAAAUAUCAAUAAUGGGAUUAUUUCUCAUAAGUGCAAUGAGGAUUAUUUAAGGAAGCCACAUUCAAAACUGGUAUAAAUUAGCAUUCUUUUACUGAAAUGUGAGGAGCCACACUAAUGUGCAGUUGAAAUUGGCCCCAAAAUAAUGCUAAAAAAUCCCGUGAAAGGGAUUUGCAAUCUCAUCACAUUUUUGUAACAUUUUCAUAGAUCAGAUGAACAAUGAAUCCUGAUUUUCUGCAAUUUAACUUCAUAUCCUCUAGUCUCUGAGGUAAUAGUUGUGGGAAAAAAAUGAACAAAACAGAAAGGAUUGGUUACGUACUUUAGCUGGUUGGUUACACUAUUUUUGUUGCUGUUGAGGGUGACCACGGAAGUUUACAGUCUAAAUAGAAGCAAUUUCUGGGGAGGAUCUGGAAAUACAGCACUGAUGCCAGGGAGUUUUCAUGGUCAAAAGCUGAAUGUAUGGAAAGAUGCAGCUACCCAUCAAGCUAAGUGCAAGAAAGUCUUGAUAGUUAGUUAGGGAACAAGUUCUGUUUCAACAGCUGAUUCUUCUGACCUGGGCAUAGCAAACUCCUGAUAACUUUUUUCAGAGGAACAUUACUGCCAGCAAACUCAGAGCUGAAAGGCAGUGUAUAUUAUUUUAUUUCUCACUCUCAACAAAAACAGUCACAUAAUUUAUUUUCCAUCUCCAUAGACCUUCUUAAGUACACAAUUAAGAAAGAUAUGCCUAAUCAAAUCAAACUCAGGCCACCUUUGUUGCAGGUGUAAUGGACACUGGUGAGAAUCAAAAGCACACAAAUCACAUGCAGCCAAAUAUAAAUUGAGGGAUUCUGUCCUAAAAUUAAUUGAAGUGUAAUAUGAAAUGCUACACUGAUUUGGAAAAGUCAAGGUAUUCUGCUUUGUCUAAGUAAAUAUCUUAGUCACUGAAAAAGUACUGAGGGGCUGGUUCAUCAACCCCAGCAGAUUGUCAAGUGCUCUGUUGGCUUCACUGGCAGUAACUACCUGAUAAGCUAGCUCCAACUUUUUGUCUCAUGUUUCAAAAGAAGCAUGUAGCUUUUACUAGCGUAGUAGCUGCACUGAACAUGUGAAAUCACUAUUCUUCAUGUUGCAUGACUUAGUUGCAGACAAUUUAAGUAGACCUGCAUCAAUAUUAACUGAUGUCAUGUUUGUAAUUUGUUUUUUUCCUGACUGGCAGCAGGCUAGUGCACUUGCACACACUUUUAAGUGCUCUGAAUUCUGCCUUCACUUUGCUUUGAAACCAAAAUUGUCAAAGUCUUUCCCGUUUUUGAACUGUAAUAUUUUUUUCAAAUUGAAUUAUGAACAUUGCAGAAGUUCAGAUUUUAUAAUUUGUAAAUACAUCUACAAAAAGCAAAUUGUGCUGUAGAGACUCAGAUGUUAUUCUUUUUGGUUUAACCUUACUCGUUCUUGCUCUGGAGACUGAUCAUCUAUUUUGAAUACACUAAAGUCUGUUACAAAGUUUUCAGAAUACUUUAGAAUUGGUUUAUGCACAAAAUGAAAAUGUUAUGGGGAAAAUAAGUUACAUUGAAAAAGCUCAAAUUUAUAUUGGAUAUUCAUUGCUCAAAAGAAAAUGAAUACAAAAAUUAAAUACGAAUUUUAGAGCAAAUGCAGAAAGUUAUUAAAUAGUCACUAUUUCCUUGAAGCGUGGUACUUCAGUAUAUAAAAUUAAUUUCUAAUUGUAAAGUCCUAUCAUCACCAGCUUUUGGUGCUUGAUAUAAUGUUUCAAUAUGACCACAAAGAAUGUUUUUCUUUGUUUGUUUUAAAGGCGUUUUUAAUGUGGACAAGAUAUAUAAGGGUUUGUUCUCCACAGUUGUUUGAAUAGUAGGAAGGGUCUAUGUAUUUAUCCUCUUAAAUACUUUGUAGAGACAGAGUUCGUAUUCAAUCAUAUUCAACAUCAGUGAUGCUCAUAAUGUCAAGCUGUAUCUUAGAAUAUACAAAAAUUAAUGUCAGUUCUUAAAAAUCCUGGUUAUGGUUCAACAAUAACCAAACAAGGUAUGCAGUGGAAAGAGCAGACAGAUAUAAACGUAUAUAUAUAUUUGCAUAUGCACAUAUAUACAAAUAACAUAUAUAUUUCUCUAUUUA